AUGAAAGAAGAUAACGGCUCAAUAUUCUACCGCUUCGGUAGUGAACGCAGUAUAUGGCGCGAAUUGCAGCUUGAUAAUACUUCAGGGGUCCUUAUAUCGGAUCUUAAGAUCAUGAUAGCUCAAGAAACCAGUUUAAUGCGUGAAUUCGCUCGCAAAACUAAUUUGUUAAUAUCGCUGUAUGAUGAGAAUAGACCAGAUGAGCUUCUUCCGUUGGAUGAUAAUGUAGUCGUUCAUAAUGGAUCUCGAUUAAUCAUAAACAGGGUGGCAUGGACACCCAGUAAACCAAUAGUUCACAUCGCAAAAAGCUAUAUAGACAAUGAGGUUGUCGAGGAUAAGCGUAAACUGAAACGCCUUCCCAUUUCUCUCAUUUGUCAACUCUGCCACAAACCAAUGAACCAUCCAUUCUUGGUAAAAUGCUCCGCAAAGUGCGGGUGUAGUGGUUGUCGUGAAUGCUUACAGGAAUGCUUAGGUGAAAAGCUUCCAGAUUAUUCGUAUGAUACGGAUGCUAGCCCAGACGUCACUGAAGCAUAUGAAUUGGAGGCCAGGAAGGCCUGUCCAUUUUGUGGACACGGAUUUGUUAGCGCAUGUUUGCGCAAUCGCAAGAUGGAAGCGCUAUUAAUUGGUAUAAAUGUGGAUGAUUUCGAAGUUCCGGAUAAUAUCCAAUUUUAUUUCAUCUCUAAUCUGAAUUUAGACCCGGCAAUUAAAUACCCCUCACACUUUAUUAUAAAUGCAGAUAUUGAUUUAAUGAAUCUUAUUAUUGAAAAAACAUUGAUUCCUGUUUAUGGAGAAAGUCUAAUGGAUGCAAAUGUUCCAAAAUUUGUUUUAUCGCAAAAUAAAAAUGAGCCACAGGAGAAUAUGGAUAUAGACUCAACAGCCAAUAAUGAGCAAAUGGAUGAACCGACUGAAAAUAUGGACGGUACUGAUGCUGAAAUGCGUGUAGAAGACACAGUUCCCAAAUCCGAAAAUGGUACAAUAAGAAUAAAAUUGGAGAACCCGGAUCAAGAUAUGACUUCAACUACUCCUACAAAAUUAGAAACUAUGGAUGAGACCGUCGAUAUGAAAUCUGAGGGUGAAAAUGAUGCUGCUGAUAAUUCCGUUACGGAAGAUUUACAUCAAGAAUCUGGCACUCAUAAAGCAGAAAAUCCAAAUACACCUGUGGAACAUAAACGCACUGAAACAUUUGCGCUUUUAUUAAAUUAUCAAAGUGGAACAACUACAGUGACUGUCCCUGGAAUUAUAAAAUUCACUGAUGAAUUUCCGGAUGAGGAAUUUUUAAAUACGACUGGAGCUCGUACCGCACUUAGGUUUGAGUGGGUAAAGCGAAAAGAACCCCCAAUUUCUGUCUCUAUACAUAAAUAUUCUCUGUUCUCUCUGCUAGGUGGGAAAAAGUAUCACAAUGUAAAGUUAAACGCAAACUCUGAAGUUUUAUGGAGGUACAAGGGUAACAAAAUAAUAGAAGUUGCUCUGCAAACGAAUGCAUUUAACAGCCUUAUAGCAAACGUUUUUGGUGAAUCCGCCGAAGGAAAAGACUGGCUGAAAAUGUGCUUUCCAAAUGGACCCACUCCUCUUUAUUUUUCUUCAAAAGGAGAUAUUGUAGAUGACUUGGAAUCGCUAAAGGAUGACUCUGUCGACUUAAAGAAUCCUUAUUCAGGGUAUAUGGCGUUACUUCCUUUCCUAUCUAGGUCUCAAUUUGAUCAACUCAGACGGAUACAAAGAAAUGCGAAGGAGGCGUUCUUAAUGGAACUCACAAAGAACGUAAUACUGACUACUCCACCAGACAAGGGCAGAGUAAUCAUAGAGAGAGCAAAUAAAACCAUAUGGAACUCUCAUGUAAACUACGACAUUGAGAAUGAUUCUGAAUAA